GCUGCGUGCCUGCGCAAGGCUUCGCACCUCAACAAUGUAUUGCUCGGCAUUGAUAUGCACUCGCUGCUCUCGUCCGCCCGUGGCGCUUGCGGGAGUGUAUUGUAUGAUGAUGAGAGGCGAUGCGAGCGAUCGAACAGAAUAGACGAGGAGAAGCAGUAGGAGAAGGAGCGAGAGGACGAGGACGAUGAUUUGUGUCGGUCAGCGCAGGAGAAAGACCGAGCCGGGGAAUUGAUUGCGAGUUUCUGCGUCGGAGGUGAGCGGAGGAGGCUCGCCGCAAUUCGGGCGGAGGAGGAGCGUGCGAGGGAGUAAGGUGGUGGAAAGGAGGAGGAGGGCAUUGGGAUGACAUUGAGCUAGCGGGCUGUAGAUGAGCAGGAGUAGGCCAAUGUCCGUCGUUGUAGAUCCGCAAUCGUGUUUUCGUCUCGGAAGUUUGAACUUGUCGUCUGUGGAUAAUCUUCCUCUGGGACGAGCGCAUCUCGAGGGUUGACGGUUGACGGUUGGAGCUUGGAGUUUGGAGCUUGGAGCAGCGAGAGGGUGAAUGGCAAAUCUUCAGGUUUUUGAGGACUAUUUCCGGAGAGCAGAUCUCGAUAAGGAUGGCAAGAUCAGUGGUGGUGAGGCAGUCGGAUUUUUCCAGGGCGCCAAUCUUCCUCAGCAAAUCUUGGCCAAGAUUUGGCAGUUUGCAGAUCAAGGGCAGACAGGCUUCCUUUCGAGGCUCGAGUUUUACAAUGCUCUAAAGCUUAUAACUGUAGCCCAGACGGGACGGGAGCUCACACCAGAGAUUGUGCGAGCAGCAUUAGCGGGACCUGCUGCUGCACAAAUUCCAGCUCCCCGUAUAGUGACCCCUGGAGCACCUCCCCAGCCUUCCGGUCCUCCGGGAGGACUCGGAGCAGCAGGAGCAGCAGGCAGACCUACGCCGGGCCCUGCGCAAGCCGGCGCAGGAGGCUUCGGCGAUCCAUUUGCCGCAUCUGCUCCAGGUGCUGCUCCUCCGAGUCGUUGGCAGUCUCAGCCAUCUGCCCUGCCCUCGCAAUUGCCGUCACAACCCUCAUUGCCACCACAAGCAGCCCCUGCAAGACCAGGAUCAGCAUCCGGACAACGACCUGCUGGAGGACACCCCCAGGAUACUUGGCCAUCUAUAAGAUCUUCUGCUUCUGCCUCCUCUCUUCAAAAUUAUGGCCAGCAAGCUCAAGCGCAGGCUCCGGCUUCGGCUCCUCCACCUAGUUCUGUGCAAUCGAUGCAAAGUUUCCUUGGUGGUCCAAAUGCCGCAGCAACUCCAGCGCAGUCGGCAAAAGAUCCUUUCGGAAGCCUUGGAUCAGGACCAGACCUCUUCAGUAGCUUGAGCAAUACUCCAAAUCCCAAGUCUGCUUCGACAGGCACAAUCACAUCACUGACUGAUGCUUUUGGAGGCGAUCCCUUUGCUGCGAAUAACAAUAAGUCUCUUGCACUAACUUCUCAACCUCCCGUCCAAAAUCCUGGGCCAGCGAACAAUGUCGAUGCUUUUUCAGGUCUUGGAGAUUUUGGUGGUGGAGGAUUCAGGGCAGAACCUGCGGCAACAAUGGCGUUGGUUCCUACCGGUGCUCCAGCACCUGCUCCUAAGGAUCCUCAGGCAGCCCCCGGAAGCCAGCUAACUCGGUCUCUCGUGCCGACUUCAUCAGCAGCAUCAGGACCAGGAUUUUCUGCUCCCUCACCAGCAGGUCCAGGAACUGGUGCUGCUCCCUGGCCCCGCAUGACACAGGUCGACGUUCAACGUUACACCAGAGUUUUCUACGACGUGGAUACAGACAAAGACGGGAAGAUCACCGGCGGGCAGGCCAGAGAUCUCUUUCUUAGCUGGGGACUGCCCAGAGAGGUUCUGAAGCAGGUUUGGGAUUUAUCGGACCAAGAUGGUGACAGUGAGCUCUCUCUACGAGAAUUUUGCACCGCCUUGUACCUCAUGGAACGAUUUCGGGAAGGAAGGCCUUUACCGCCCGUUCUUCCCACAGGAUUCCACUUUGACGAGCCCCCUCAACAAACUUCUGUGGCUGCAUCUCGGAUUGAGCAGGCUCGUUCUUCUAUGGCUCAACACACGGCUGGUUUCAAUGUACCGAGCUGGCAACAGAAUCCAGGGAUGCUUCAGCCCACUGGUCCAGGACCAGCCGGUAUGCCACGAGGACCAGCUGGUAUGCAACCAACAACAAUGGAACGCUCCUUACCUCAACAGGGUUCAGUUCCAGGAGGUGGGAUGCCUGAGCCUAGCCAGCCUGGUGUUUACAAAUCCAAGGCUCCCGUUCUGGAACCUCAUUUACUGGCUCAGUUAUCGAGAGAUGAACAGGACACCUUGAAGUCUAGGCAUAAGGAUGCGCAAGAAGCGGAUAAAAAGUCUCAUGAUUUAGAUAAGGAGAUCAUGGACUACAAGGAGAAGGCGGAAUAUUAUCGUACCAAGUUGCAAGAGAUAAUAUUGUUCAAGAGCAGAUGUGACAACCGACUCGCUGAGAUUCAAGAGAGGGUAUCAGCUGACAAGCGAGAGAUGGAGUCUCUGGCGAAAAGAUAUGAUGAGAGAUUCAAGGCAGGAGGUGAAGUGAAUUCACGGCUGGUUGCUGAAGAAGCAGCAUUUCGAGAUAUUCAGGAGAAGAAAAUAGAACUGUAUAACGCUAUCGCCAAAAUCGAACAAGGGGGGGAUGCAAAUGGAUUGCUCCAGAGUAAAGCAGAUCGGAUACAUCACGAUCUCGAUGAAUUGAAGAAGGCUCUUAAUGAAAGGUCGAAACGGUUGGGUCUGGAAGUGAAAGCAUCAGCUCCAACAGAGCAGUCAUUUGGUUGGCAACCGGGUGUUCAGGACAAUACCUCAGAGUGGGAUGAGGAUUGGGAUAAAUUCGAUGAUGAAGGUUUUGUUUCGGUUCAGGAUUUCAUGGACGAUGCUACGGGCGCUGACUUCAGCGCUCCUCCUCCUCCGCCUAAACGAGCUGUCGCUCCCGUUGAGGUUGCCCAAGUUGCUGAGAUCACGGCUCCCAAGAUUGAGAGCAGUCCCUUCACUGAUGGGUUCGAUUUCUCGUCCGAACACGAUAGUAAGGCUGAGAGUGCAGUGGAGGCUCCUUCAGUCCCUACUUUCAUGGCAUCUGGACCAGCAUCUCCUCGUGCUGAAAGCGAAUCCGGAAGAAGCGGAAUUGACAGCCCAGCGCGCGAUUUGUCCACUUCUGGUUCUCUAAUUGUAGACAAGAGCAGUUUUGACAGCCCUGAAAAGACGAACAAUGCUAGCCUAAGGUUUGACCAUGCCGCCGAUUCAGACGACUUCGGAGGCGAUGUAUUCAAUGAUCCUCCAGCCUUUAGUUCCAAAACAAACAGCUUUGAUCCGGAUCCGUCUUCAUUCCACUCCGGUAGCGACGCGUUUGGUGGGGGAGGUGUCUCGUGGUCGACUGCCUUCAAUCAUGAUGACGAAGCAGACUCCGGAGUGCGGGCGUCUUGGGGCAUGCAGAGCAGUGCUCCUAGCACCCAGGCAUCCCUGGACGUGGGAGGAAAAUCUCGGUUCGGUAAAUCCGAUUCAUCAACCUUCGGGGAUUCUUUCGACUUCGGGUCGUCUCACGUGACGAGUCCAGGUAGAGUUACGGAUGAGCCGAAUAGUCCAGCCAGUCAUCGUGGGAACGGAGACUUCCGAAAUUCUGAAGAGUACGAUACUUUUGCACCUAUGGGCGGUGCUACAUUUGAUCGAUCUGCAAGCCUCUUUGGAGGCAAAGAUGCGACCAUGGGGUCCUCAUUCUUCGACAGCCCUGCACAUCCGAAAGCGGGAAAUGCCUUCGCUAGGUUUGAUUCCUUCAGCAGCCCCUCCAACAACCCAGCUUUCUCCGGAGUGGCUGGUCACGACGAUCGACAGGACAACUCAACGAUGGGAAGUUCUUACUUCGAUAGUCCUGUGCAUCCGAAGGCCGGGAACGAUGCCACCUUUGCCAGGUUUGAUUCCUUCAGCAGCGUGAAGGGCGGUCCCGACGCUGGCCACGCAAAGGGGGGGAUGUUCGGGUCGUUCGAUGAUGGUGAUGAUGCCUUCACCUCUUCCGCCUUCGGAGCAGGGGGAGAGUCCAAGAAAUGGAGUGCUUUUUAGGGAAAUAUUCUGUGCUUGCGUUCUUUGCCUGAAGCAUGUGGUGCUAUCCACACCUCGCGUAAGCCUCAUCUUGCUGCCCUCUCGACGUAAUGUUUUAAUUGAACCCCUGUCAUGCGCAAAAGUGGGUCUCGUGGCAAGGCAGCAGUGCUUUCAGGUCCUGCAUGCCUCAAGCGAGUAAACCUUCUGCAGCAGACUUGGUUAAUGAGGUGCCGUGUGAUCGGCCGAGUCCCACCUCCGAGUAAACUUGCUACAUUCUGGAACUCACUUCAGCUCUUGUAAUCUUAGAAGAUGAUCUUGGCAAGUUCUAGAAUACCAUUGUUUAGUUAGUUAGUAAAUUUGAUGACAAGGUUCUUCAAGGAUUGAUAUGAUAGAACGAAAUUAAAAGGAGACUUCAGUGAGAUUCUUUCCUGCUAUAGAGCUCUGUACUCUUGGAUAGGAAAAGAGUACGGUCGAUGGAGUUCUCUCACUUGUCUGAACGUAAUGCUGAUGAGGGUUCAUCUCGAACCGGUCAUAUGGCUGAGAAGACAAUGCGCUAUGGUUCCACGAGAGGGGUCACAGCUGCAGACUAUCCCGUUGUUGACCUUGAUCCAGUGAUUCAUUCGACGGGGCAAACCUCUUUAUGUGCCGAGGUUGUUUGGAAUGAGUAGUUAGCAUAUAAAGACUGUAGCCAUUUAAUGGUUACGGGGAGGCUUUCUCCCAGACAGAAAGUGCUUUCUUAGUAACGGACUCUGAAUCAGGAAAAUCUGGGGCUUUCCAAUACUGCUGUGGAGACUGGCAAUUUGUUCUGAGGGAUUCUGCGAUACAGGUCCGCGAAAUCAGUAAAAUCCAUUACACAUUUGCCGGUAGUCCUCGCCUCCCAAGGCUUUUCAAGGCCGGAACUGAGAUCAGAAAUUGAGUUGUCGUUAAACCCUUCAGUCGAGCUGAACUCCUUCUUAAUACAGUGCAGAACACUAUUUUAUGGAGAGCUGAAAUUAUCACCAUUCAACUGAUCGUGGAAUAAAGUUUUCAAAAAGGAGCUUGGUCUGUUCAGGUGU